AUAUUUAAGUACUACAAAGUUCCUUUGUUUUUAAUCUGAGCAAAGUUAUUCUAAGAUGUAUAAAAAUAGUAAAAAUGUUACAAACUAUGUAAAGGCGUAAACAAACAUGUAAAUAAAUAUAAGUUAUAUUAAUACUAAUUUAGUUUAUUAGUUUACAUCGCGGGUCAUUUGAAUAAUAUUGUGUGUGGGUGUUAGAUUUAUUAAAUAUGAAGCCAGGAAAGAGCGUAGAAACGAAGGAAGAGAUAGUAGAAGUCCAUACGACGGCUCGUUCUCCUUCUCCAAACCAAAAAGGCAAGGAAAGCUCAAGAAGUCGUUCAGGAUCACGUAAGUUAUCCAACGGUCAUGUCCAUCAGGAAAAACCAGAAGAUAAUACUGAAGGACCCUCAGAUAAGUCAAAAUCGCGAGAAAACUGGACGAAAUCUGAACAAGAAUCUCUCGAUACAGAGUUACCAAUUCACGAUCAAAUUAAAAUGGGCAUAUUAGGUUUUGUUGAGAAGGAAAUCAAGAAAUCUGAUAAGAAUCCAUCUUUCGUGUUUUAUUCCCACGAUCCUAAUGGCUUGGAUGAGAAGUUCAUGAAGACGUUAUCCAGACCUUCGAGCGGUCAUAAGGAGAAACGUAGUCCGUCUUACAGAAAAAAGAAACGGCAUUCAUCCAAACAUAGGGAUAGAGAUUUGCAUGAUUUUGAAAUACCCGGUUCCAGUCUUAUUGCUUUAGAAAAAGUUGACGACUACUUAAAAGAAUAUAAUAAAGAAGAAGUGGUAACACUGAGCGGAGAAUUGGAAAUUGAGGCAAACGAUCUUGAAAAUAACAAUGGUAUGUCGAAAGAGUUACGUCACAAACCAAGAAAGACUCGCCGGAAAGUGAGAGAUGAGAAGCAGGACUCUAAUGCUAACGGCAGGGAAGUCAGCCCAAAAGUAUUUAAGACUGGUACCCGAGCUAAGACAGGAGCUAAAGCAACCCGCCCAACUGAUCUAACGACAAUGCUAGAAAGCCUGGAAGCAAGCGUUCCUUAUCAUGAUCAGUACAUAGAUAAUCCGUUUUCAUCACCAUCACCUCUUACAUCACCCAACGAUGAACGAAUAGACCCAUUCAGCCAUAGACCUGAGAAAAUAUACUUGCAAGGUGGUGGUACGUUCAGAGCUGUGUCUCGGGAUAGAAUAUUGGAAUCGCAGCAAUCCAGGGAGGGUGAUAAGUACUUAAGGCUCGGUGACCUAACGCCGUUGGACGUAGCGCUGACAGUACAGAAAAGUUGGCGUAAUUUCUCACCAGCGUGUCACGGUAUACUCGGUGGACUAUCUCUGAUGCACUUACUACUGAUUAGUUAUUCAGAUAGUCUGGACGCUGGACAUUUGUCGUUCCACGCUGUGGUUACAAUGCCAUACGUAGCGACGUAUUAUUUAUUCUGUGUGCUGUGUUUGUUGUCUGUUCUGGAUAGGCUAGAUAUAACCAGUAUAGAUUUAACCCGUGGUCUGCAGCCGUGGUUCCAACCGAUAGUUCUUGUUAUACUGUACACAGCAUGUUUGUUGGUUUGUACAGCUGCAAGGAUGUAUGACGAAUUAAUGGUAUACCAGUACACACCCCUGGUGGCCAAUUUGACUGGUAAUGUUACAACUCCGACAAUACCAACGUUUUACCAUACAUGGACGCACUUUUCAAUAUGGCGAGCGGUCUUGUCUAUAUUGGGGUUAGUUUAUUUCAUAAUAUCUAAUCCUCCGGACUUGGUUCACAUGAAUCUCAGUAAAUUGUUACAAUUUAAACCUACGUUACAAAGUAUUGGAUGAUCGAUUCAUAUAUUGGAAAAACUAUUACUUCUUUAGAUAUAAGGCUUAACAGAGUGCCUAGUGCGGGUUUUG